GAAAUUGAGGCUGCUAUAGGAGUGAGACGAAGAAUGAAUGGUGGGCUUAAAAUGGUUGCGAAAUUCAAAGAGACUUUGGAAACACUAUUGGCUGCCUAGAAAAAUGCAGAAUUCUAGUAUUUCCGAUCUGGAGGUAGUUCCAUGCGUUGAUUCGAAAUACGUUAAAACGUCGAGAGCAAAAUUUAAGCAGAAUGGCAACCAAAGGACUUGGGAUUAUGUUAAUGUUCAUGAUGCUGUUGCGAUCAUGCUGUUUCAUACAACCAGAAAAGCAUUCAUUCUUGUUCGACAGUUCAGGCCAGCUCUGUACAUGUUUUUGAACAACGAGGCCAAUGGAAAAGAGAGGAGCGAUUUGUCAGAGGAAAAAGGAGAGGUGGCCAUAACUGCACCAUUUCAGUCCGCUGUCACCUACGAACUAUGUGCUGGGAUAGUUGACAAAAGGAAAACUUUAAAGGAAAUUGCAAAGGAGGAAGUUUUAGAAGAAACUGGGUAUGAAAUAUCAACAGAUCAGCUGGAAGAAUUAUUUAGUUGUCGUGGUGUUGGAACUUCUGGGAACAAGGUUAGUCUGUUUUAUGCUGAGGUUAAUGAUGAGAUGAGAGUUGGUGAGGGAGGUGGUAAUCCUGAUGAAAAUGAAGUUAUCGAUGUUGAAUAUUUGCCUUUGGAACAAGCCAAAGAUUUUGUUUUCGAUGACAGCAAAGCAAAGCCUGCCAGUCUUGUUGCUGCAUUUAUGUGGUACUUUUGGAAGCACAAAAACUAAUAGUUGUUUUUAAACUUUUUUGAAAUUAAUCAAGAAAUGGUUUUUCCAUUGAAAAAAACAAAGUGUUUAAUGUUAGUGAAAAAUAGCAAACUGUCACAGACAGCCACUGUAAAAGUAGUUUGAUUAAAUGAAUAUUGCA